AUGGCCCACAUGCCGCACAACGCGCCUGCGGCCGCCACCACCACGAAUGUGGUGAGGGAGACGGACAAGAAGUGGCUGCGCGGCAUGCUGGGGGGCACCUCCAACGCCUUCGCCAUCAUUCUGGUGAGCCCGCUGGACGUGCUCAAGAUACGGUUCCAGACACAGAACGCCCUCACCAAGGCCGGCGCGCCCAAGACCUACGACGGCCUUUUGAAGGGAGCGGUGACCAUCGUCAGCAACGAGGGCGUGCGCGGUCUCUUCAAAGGGCUCUCGGUGUCGAUGCUGCGCGAGCUGACCUUCUCCUCCGCUCGCAUGGGCCUCUACGAGCCCAUCCGCAACUACCUCGUCGGUCCUGGCCAAAAGGAGAUCGCGCUGGGCCAGAAGAUUUUGGCCGGACUGAUGAGCGGCGCCAUCGCCGCCGCCAUGUUCAACCCGACCGACGUGCUCAAGGUGCGGUUCCAAGCAGACCCAGCACGCACGCCAGAGCUGCGGCGGUACAAGAGCGUAGUGGGCGCUGUCGUGGAGAUUGGCGUAGGCACGACCGUGAUCCGCGCGUCGCUGCUGACGAGCGCGCAGAUGGCGUCGUACGACGAAAGCAAACACUUCCUGAUCGACUCUCUGGCCUUCAGCGACAACUUCCUCACCCACUUCUGCAUGUUUUCGGGGUUCAUGACGUCACUGGUGACCAACCCGGUGGACGUGGUGCGCACGCGCAUCAUGACCGAAUACGCCUCGCCCGGCCAGCCCCGCACCUACUCCAACCCCUUCACCUCACUCGUUCGGAUAUUCAGGGCCGAGGGGGUGCUGGGCUUGUACAAGGGGUUCGUGCCGAGCUACCUGCGCCUGGGGUCGGCCAGUGUGGUGGUCUUCAUGCUCUAUGAGCAGUUGCGCCGCUUGGCCGGCAUCCCCACCCUGUGA